AUGAAACCUGCCCUUAUUGAAGAUAAAGUCUAUUUUUAUAACUUCAACACCAUCGGAAUCAACAGCAGUGGACUCCAGAUUAAUUGUAGCGAGAGGAGGAGGCGGGUGGAGUGGUGUGGGAGCACGCGAUCGAGCGGCUCCCAAUGCGCGGCGGGCGUGGGCGAGCAGAGCCAGGCCGUGCGCAAACUCUCUUAUGGAAGCAAUUACAGCAAAUGUGGCUGCUCGCUAACUAAUCAUCUUUACCCAGGCCGAGCCGCGGGAGCAGGCAGCGAGCAGGUGUGGGUUCGGAUGCAGAAUAUUGCCAAAAUAGAGCACCGGCCGGAGGUAAUGCGGGGUGAGGUGAGGCAAGAACUGGUGGUUGUUAUGAGCCAGGGUUGUGGAUUAGCAGACAGUAUGUAG